AUGGAGAGCGCGCCUCCCGAUAGCUGCGCCGCGAAAGAGUCCAGCCCGGCAGAGGCGGCACGAGAUGCCUCUCUGUCGCCUGCGCGUCCGUCCGCUGACGAGGUGACGGCGCCACCGCCAAGCGCGGCGGAGGUGGUGUUGAGGGCGCAGGACGCGCUGGAGGACAUGAUCGUCUACCGCUCGGCGGUCCCGCCCGCCAACCUCGGCCCUAUCGGCGAGCUGGCCGGCACCGGGACGUCGAGGGGCAGUGGUGGUGCUGCGGCGCUCCCCGCUGCCGCACUACCUGCUGCCGCGCUAGCUGCAGAAAAGGAGGCGGGAGGCGCUUUGGCAGACAGUUUUGCAGUGGCGUCGGCAUCCUCCGCAGAGGCUCCUCCGGGGUCGAGCCUUCCGCGCGUGCGACUGACGCGCUCCAAGGCGGCGCGGCGCGAGCCGACCCUGCGAGACAUCGACGAGGCCUACCAGACGCUGCGGGCGGCCGCACGCCGCGCGAGCGCAAAGCUGCAGCAGAAGGUCGCUUUCACGGUCGAGGCGGUGGCGUGGGCGCUCGGGCCUCACAGCGCGGGUGCCGCGGGUAUCGGCGAGGCAGCGUCAUCGUGCGCAGCCGACCGGAGGCGCGAGCCCGGCCUGCCGGCCGUCAAGGAGCGCGCCGUCGUCGACUCUGCGUUUGGCGUCCACGCCGACUGCCCGCCCCGCCGCAAGCGCCCGCCGAUCGGCGAGAUGGCGGCGCCCCCGCCCGUGCUCGGCUUCUCGCUCCGCACGACCCACAUGCUGCUGGCCGAGGUGUACGCGCACGUGCAAGGCCGCCGCACGGCGUCCAUCGACUGGGAGGAGGUCGCAACCCGGCUGGCGGCGCGCGCGGAGGUUCUUCCGGGCGCGGCCGGGCCAAUGCCAGGCGCGGCGGAUGCGCACAGGCUGCCGCACUGCACGCGGCCCGCGAUGCCGGACUCGCUGGACACGGUCGGCCUUUCCGACGCGUCCGAUUUGGAGGGGGAGGAUGAUCCUCCUCCGCCGCACGCGCCAUACCUUGCGCACCACCACGCCGCCGGCGGCUGGUCCUCGGUUGGGUGGCCGUCGGGCGAGGGGCGAGCGCCGCUGCAACUCGAGGGCGUCCUCGCGCCUCUCCGCCCGGCGCCACCGGCGCGGAUCGACUACCCGCCCCGCGCAUGGAGCGAUGCCGACGACCGCAAGAUGGUUGAGACUCGGCGCGUCGCCGAGGAGGAGUUGCCGUCGGAGCUGAGGGCGCACGCGCCUUCCCUCGCCGUCUACCGCGCGGCUGUCAAGCUCAAGAAGGACAAGGCGGAGGCCGAGGGAGAGGUGCACGGGGGUGGCGACCUGUACUGCUUCCCUCCGGGCAUCUCGACCAAGGGCAAGAGCGAGAAGGUUGUCCGCUCGCUCGUCAUGCUGCGGGAGGUGCUGCUGCAGCAGAUUGACGGCGAGCGCACGGGCACCGUCUGGCAGGCCCCCAAGCGCGGCGAGCUGGUCGAGGUCGAGGUGGAGGACUAUUUGCCCGUGGCGCCGCCGCCGCCGCCCACCGACCCUCCGCCCGCGGGGGGCUCGCCCUUCGACGACCUUCUGGACCGGACGGCCGAGGGCGUCUUCACCUGGGCAGACGGCAACCGCUACCAGCGGCGGGUGGAGUGGCGGCUGGCCGAGGUGCGCCAGACGUGGGCCGACGGCAAGUUCCAGGCGUGCGUGUGCGACCACGACGGCUACCUCGACGAGAGCUUCGUCGAGGUGUACAGCCGCGCCGACGAGGGCAAGGAGUGGAGGCGGCGCGCGGCGGACGCGCCCGGCACUGUCCUCUCGCGGGGCGGCGGAGGGGGCGGGAGGGGCCGCGGCGGCGGGCGCGGCGGGCGCGGCAAGAAGCGGCGCAGGCAAGACAAGUGGUGACUGGUGCUGGGCUGGCGCAUGGCGGGCUGCGUGAGGGGCCGAUGGCCUGCGGGACUGGCGCGUGGCGGUCUCUCGACUGGCGCGACACACUGGCUCGGAGCCGGCCAGAGAUCCGUGGCAACGGCCAUCGCGACGUCCGCUGAGUGGAAGGUGGAAUGGAACCCCAUGAACCAUGUGUCUGUCUCUCCAUGUU